CCAAUACAUUCAGUAUGAAUGCAGAUGGCUUGUGUUUGGCACUAGAAACAGGCAAUUGUUCUUAAGUACCACCCUGCUCAAGCUGAACCGAUUCGGAUUCACCGCUCAGUGUCGAUCAAUUGAUCAAUGGCGCAAAAUUGUUCUUAUAGUUUAAUUCAAAAUGCCACAAACGACGAUGGCUGGGCCGACCUUUCCUUCAAAGAAAAAAUGGGCCAACGAUGGAACAAAUUCGCUCUCCUCAUGUGGAAGAACUGGAUGUUGCAGUAUAGAAAACCCCUACAGACCGUGAUCGAAAUUUUGGCUCCGGUCCUAUUUUCCAUACUGCUUGUCGUAAUAAGAAGCCUGGUUGAUCCAGAAUCGCAUGACGCAGUAGCUUAUAAGCCAUUCUGUACCAUCCCCAACUUAACAGCGGCAAACACUUACAAUUUAUGCGGAGAACCGCAAGUUGUUAGCUCGAAAUAUCAAAGCGCUUUUAGACGGUUCACGAGCCUGGCAGAGGACGCAACCAAUGGAACUGCAAAGGGAAUGCUACUGUACACUCCGCAAGAUGAGGCGAGUUCGGCCAUAAUGGCCCCAUUGAACAGCUCCUUCGAGCUGGUUGGGUUCAACAGCUCCACGGACAUGGAAACCCAUUUUCUUGCAGCUGGGCAAGCCGUCUUUGCUGGGGUAGAAUUUUACAAUUUGUCUAAGGAAAACGUUGAUUUUGCUUUACGAUUUCCAGCGGAAUUACGAAAUCAAGAGUCAAUCUUGAUCCAGAGUACUUGGCGGACCAAUUUGGUGUUUCCAGUGUUUCAAACCGCUGGGCCCCGAACUUCUAACAGCUCAACCGGCGCGACUCCUAACUAUUACCAGGAAGGCUUUUUGGCGCUGCAGCACUUGCUAUCCGUUUUUAUAACCAUGCACAAUUCGGGCAUUACCAUACCUAAAGGUAGCAAUUUAACUGAAUGGAUGGACGCCCUGAAUGGAACUUCCGAGAAAAUCCCUUUCAUAUACAUGAGGCGAUUUCCCAAUGCCGAAUGGAAAGAAGACGUCCUUCUAACGCCGCUCAAAAGCUUUGUCAGCAUCAUUGUGAUGCUGAGUUUUGUAUAUACGUGCAUCAACACUGUAAAAGUGAUCACCACUGAGAAGGAGAAGCAACUGAAGGAAGCGAUGAAAAUCAUGGGCCUGCCCAACUGGCUCCAUUGGAUCGCUUGGUUCCUCAAAACGUUCAGCUACUUAAUGAUCUCGAUCAUUUUAAUGGUGGUUCUGCUGAAGGUGCGCUGGUACACCAACACCGAAUACACAGUUUUCACCUACGCCAAUCCGAUCGUGCUGCUGAUUUUUCUGUUCUUCUAUGUCUGCGCCACCAUCACCUUCUGCUUCGCCGUCAGCGUUUUCUUCUCCAAAGCAAACACUGCAGCUACAAUUGCAGGCUUAGCUUGGUUCCUGUCCUAUGCGCCUUAUUCGUUUAUGCAAAACAACUACGACACUCUAUCGCUGAGCGCUAAGCUCGUAGCUAGUUUAGGCUCGAAUACGGCCAUGGCCUUUGGAUUUCAAGUUAUUUUGAUGUAUGAAGGAACUGGCGAAGGAGUUCAGUUCAACAACAUUUGGAAGCCGAACACCCCGGACGAUGACCUUUCCUUGGGACUGUUGAUGGUUGUUUUAACCGUUGAUGCGCUGAUUUAUCUGCUGGUUGCUCUGUACAUUGAAGCCGUUUUUCCCGGCGAGUACGGGGUGCCACAAAAGUGGUACUUUCCAUUCACGGCGACGUUCUGGUGCGGGCAACCGAGGCACAGUGGUGUUGAGAGCUUCGAAGAAGCAGCGGUGAAAAAUGAGGCGGAGUUUUUCGAAACCGAUCCACAAAACUUGUCGGCUGGCAUCAAAAUCAGGAAGCUGCGAAAGGUGUUUGGUACCAAAGCGGCCGUUCGGAACCUGUCGCUCAACAUGUAUCAGGACCAAAUAACGGUUCUCUUGGGCCAUAAUGGAGCCGGAAAAACCACCACAAUGUCCAUGUUGACCGGCAUGUUUACGCCUACCAGCGGAACUGCCAUAGUCAACGGAUACGACAUUCGUUCGGAGAUGGAUGGCGUGAGACGGAGCUUGGGACUGUGCCCACAACACAAUAUCAUUUUUGAUGACCUCACUGUUGCCGAACAUCUGUACUUUUUCAGCAAACUGAAAGGCAUGACGAGCAAAUGGGAGAUUGAGAGCGAAAUCACCAAGUAUGUGGAUCUUUUAGAGCUUCAGCCCAAGAGAAAUUGCAAGUCCAACACACUGUCGGGUGGCAUGAAAAGGAAACUGUGCGUAGGUGUAGCGCUUUGCGGAAAUUCCAAGGUGGUAAUGCUGGAUGAACCAACAGCUGGAAUGGAUCCUUCGGCAAGGCGCGCCUUAUGGGAUCUUCUUCUUCGACAAAAAACCGCUCAAUCAACUGGCAAUAGGCAACAGCAUGGGAUUCCAGCUCUCCUUCAACAUGUGCUUCAGCAUGGCGUUUGUGUCUUCGUUUUAUGUGCUUUUCAUCAUUCGAGAACGUGUCAGCAAGUCCAAGCAUCUUCAGUUCGUAUCAGGAGUUAAAGUAGCCGUUUUCUGGCUGACCACACUGUUUUGGGACUUUUUAACCUACCUAGUCACAAUCGCUGUCCUCUUGAUCGUCUUGAUCUGCUUUCAAGAGGAUGGAUUUACUACUGCUGCAGAUAUAGAACGGUUGGUGCUCAUUUUCGUCUGCUUCGGAUGGUCCAUGUUGCCGAUGCACUACAUUGCCGGCUUCUUAUUCGAGGUCCCCUCAACCGGCUACACCAGAAUGACUCUCUUCAGCAUAUUCACCGGUUGCGCCGCUUUCCUCAUAGUGCAAGUGCUGAGUACUCCUGGAUUGGACUUGGAGUACGUAGGAAACGCUCUUCAUUGGGUGUUGCUACUGGUUCCGCACUAUUCAUUGGCGACGGCGAUCAGCGACAGCUACACUACAUACUCCAGCAAUCAUAUCUGCAACACUUUCUAUGAGGAGUGUCGGAAGGUGCACCCAACCUGGGACAAUGAGGAGUGUUUGCAGAACAGCAGCUUGAGAAGCAUCUGCGAAGGACUCUCCGACGACUACUACCAGUGGGAGUCUCCGGGAAUAGGCCGAAACCUCCUCUACUCGCUCACAGUGGGUGCCGUUUUACUACUGGCCCUCCUCAUCGUAGAGUACAAACUGUUCUCAAAAAUCGUGUACCAAAUGCAACAGUCCAAUUUCCCGAAAAACCCCAAAGAUGUCAUCAAUGAGGACUCUGAUGUUCUGGCAGAAAAGCACCAGAUCAGAAACACUUCGCAAAGCGAACUGUUCCAGAACUACACGAUGGUGUUGAGCGACUUGACCAAAUACUACAAGGAUUUCCUAGCCGUUAACGGCCUUUGCUUGGGAGUUAAGAGCUACGAGUGUUUCGGCCUGUUGGGGAUCAACGGAGCUGGCAAAACGACCACGUUCAAAAUGCUUACGGGAGACGAGGCGAUCUCGCAUGGAGACGCAUGGGUCCAAGGCAACAGCAUAAAAACCGAGAUAAAACAGGUGCAGAAAUUGAUCGGCUAUUGUCCUCAAUUCGAUGCCCUGUUGGACGACUUAACCGCAAGGGAAACGCUGCAGAUGUUUUCUCUGCUCAGAGGAAUCCCGCUGCAGCAAUGCAACAGCCUUGCUGAAAAGUUGGCUUUGGACUUCAACUUCAGCCGACAUCUGGAUAAGCAAGUUAAGGAACUCAGCGGCGGAAACAAGAGGAAGUUAAGCACCUCAAUUGCACUGAUCGGAGACCCUCCAGUGGUCUACCUGGAUGAGCCCACCACUGGUAUGGAUCCUGCGACAAAACGUUAUCUGUGGAACGCUUUAUGUCGCGUCCGCGAUAGUGGUAAAACGAUCGUUCUUACAUCGCAUAGCAUGGAGGAAUGCGAGGCGCUUUGCACCCGUCUAGCCAUCAUGGUUAAUGGAAACUUCAAAUGUUUGGGUUCCACUCAGCAUCUGAAGAGCAAGUUUGCGGAAGGCUACACGAUAACCAUUAAGGUGAAGAAGCCGGAAAACAGCUCAGCAGCCCACCAUUCGGAAACGCAACCCAUUGAACACUUUAUUAGGGACAAUUUUCCAAAUUCGCAGUUGCGCGAAAAACAUGAAGAACUAUUAACGUAUUAUAUCAGCGAUAAAAGCGUGCCUUGGUCGAAGAUGUUCGGCCUGCUGGAAGAAGCGAAAAGAAGAGACUUGAACAUCGAGGAUUAUUCCUUGGGCCAAAGCAGUUUGGAACAGGUGUUCCUUACGUUUACAAAGCAUCAAUUUACAACGGAAUAGAACACAUUGUUUAUUUAUUUAUUUAACUAAUAUGACAUGACGGUUUUACAACUGUGAUAAGAGUUUUUGGAGGAAUCUUAGCCAAAAGCAAAUGCGCAACUGUAACAGGAUUUAAAAUUUCGAAGAAUCCUCCAAAUGGGUUUGUGAUACGUGGCCUUAAACACUGUGAACGAUUUAGAUUGGUUGAAUGCGAUUCCUAUAAUUUCGAAAAUGUAUUAUUGUUUCCUGUUGUAGCAUUCCUAUACGGAUAUUUUACCUAAAGCCCAACUAAUUUUAAAUGUUUUGAUGUUGAGUGAAUUUAGCAUAAUAGAGAUUAGAUAUAAAUUUAUCUUUUACAUAAAA